AAUAUCGGCUCUUAGAUGCGACCAUGGACCAACAGCGACCCCCUUCCCAAAAGUUCCCAGCCGGGUUGGCCGGCGUCCUGAACUCGCCCGAGGAUCACCGCGACUCGGCGUAUUUCUCGAGUACUGACGCAUCGAGCAAACGUGCGGUCUCCCGGACUCUCCUGAUGGCGUCUCGUGAACCAAUUGGCUUACUCUAAAACCUAUUGCAGACACCUCAGCUGCGUCAGGUAUGGGCGUGCUGAGCCCCCCAAACUCGGGCUUCCAGCCAUCGCCCGUCGACAAAACCCCGUCCCCAACCACGACGACAUCACAUCUCCUCCCACAGCCGCUCGUAUCGCCGACGACCAGCAAUGGCAACAUGAGUGUAGCGUCCAUGGUAUCACCGACGACACCCGGGAGCGCUGACCCCCGUCGCUUCGACCGAACGCAGUCGCUAGACUCGGCGCCAAACAGCGCCGGCUUUGCGACUGGGGAUAUCCCGGAGGCCUUGUCGAGGAGGGGGAGCGUGGACAGCAGGAUCAACCAGGGCUUCCACGACAUGAGGCUGGGUAAUUCGCCCUACGCUAGCCACAACCAGUCGACGGCUUCGAUUCACACGACCUUGCAACAACAGAGGAACCCGCGGACCGGCCUCGACAACCCAGGCGUCCACCGUAUUUCGAACGGGUAUCAACCGAGCGCCGAGCGUACCCCAGACGGCCAUCCGAAGACGAUGAGGAUUGCACCGGCCAUUACGGGGCCCGCAACGAGCCAAAUCGCCCGCGCCGCCGAGCCAACCAAGGGCCAGGCCUGGGCGUUUCCCGAGGAAGAUAUACAGAGGGUGCCAUCGAUCACCAAUGGUGCCAAUGGAUCGCUGAUCGACUCGAGAAGGAGCAGCAUCGCCGAAUCUUUCGCGAGCAGCCAGUACACCACCGAAUCGAGGCUCCCGCCCGGGCAAAGGCGACUCGAGGAAACCGUCAGCCCUUACCAAAGGUUGUCCAACGCGUCCGGCGAGUACUCGACGGUACAUCACCACACGCUCCAGCAUAAGCAGCUGGAUGAUUUGCGAAACGAGGAGGCGGCCGCCCACGCCGGUGCCCAGCCGUAUAGCCGAACACCGGAGCUCCGUGUGAGCCACAAGCUAGCCGAAAGGAAGCGGCGCACAGAGAUGAAGGAGCUCUUCGACCAGUUGAGGGACCUGAUGCCCCAAGAGAGGGGCUCGAAAGCUUCCAAGUGGGAAAUUCUUACCAAAGCCAUCUCGGAGCAUCAACGCCAAAGCGACCUUAUUCGGCAACUCCAGAGCAUCAAUGCGACGCAGCAAAACGAGAUCGACAUGUUGCGGCGGGAGAUGGAACGGAUGCACGGGGCUCCACAGUCGCGCCCGGUGGCGGAUCCGUACGCUCAGGACCAGUACGGCCGACCGCGCCCGCCAGAGCUUCCGCCGCUCCGGUCACUGCAGUCGCCCACGGGGCCACCCCAAGGGCCCGAGUCGAUGACGGGCGUGCAGUACGAGCCGCCGAGGGUUAACGGCUAUCGGCCUGCCGAGCCCGCCAGGUUUUAGGAGGCUCUCAUUACAACACACGAGGCAUGUAUUGCCACACUGGAGCUCCUCCUGUACUAGUCGAGCGGAGGGUAGGCGCAACAGCCUCAGCCCGGGAAGGUGGAGGGUUCCGAUCUCGCCCCGGCUACUCUUCGACCGCGUAUACAUCGCAACCCUCCACCCGGUUCUUACUCUCGCGAGACCAUGAACCGCUAGAACCCACACCGCGCUCCUAGAAAUUCCCAAGCCGCCCGUCAGCUCUCGAAGAGCCCAAAGGCCGGUUAUCCCUCCCGCAA